UCAACUAACUACUGAAAAGUUGGACGAAAUAACGUGGCGAUUGGAACGGGGCGUCGGAAAUUGACCGAUCGAUUGGGCGAAUGGGGGAGUGUGCAGUGUUUAAGGAAGAAAUUACCCCCGAGGAAAACGACCCCUUUUUUAUGUUCAGCAAAUGUGCCUAAAUGUAAAGUGUGCGACAUGUUGCCCAAGUGCCCAUAGUUGGCGUGUAUGUAGUAGCGUUUAACGAAAACAUGAAGUGAUGAUAUAUGACGUUGCAAGUACGACAAACCUGUGUGCACCCCCUAACAUCAUCAAUUAACAAAAACGCGCCGCCUGUCUGUAAGCCGUACAAACGGGCGCCCUGCUAUUUUACAAAAAUAUAAAACAACAAUGCAGCCAGUAUGUUUUGAAAACGCAGCAGGAAUCAAACAUGUCCAGCAUUGGUAAAUAUGGCAACUCACAAAACUAACGCCCUGCUAUCGCUUCUCUUGAAGCGAUGAAAUUGAGUGUUCCUUUCCGGUGGCUGCUGUAACUAUCUGUGCAAUAGUGCUUUCCUGAAACAACCGCGCAUAUCGUCAAGGCAAGAUAACCGAAUUCUAAGCGACACGAAACUAUUAGUACAAGCUGCUAGUAGCCAAACAAUUCUCGUCAUGUUGUGCAUCUCUAACAAGGACUGAACAAUAUUAUUCCGUGCCGGGGGCGUCUUCAAUAUGACCAAAUGAUAGUUACAGCAGCCAGUGCGCCUGAGCUGUCGUUCCAUGACGCCUUAUGUUCAUGAUAGUUUAACACCAUUGAAUGUGCAACAUCGUCGGUAAAUGGAAAGGAAGAUCUCUAGUCCCCUAGCUCAGUACAAUAUAUCCAUUUGGCAGAGAGCAAUACAUAGCCACACACCACAUUCGGACAGACUGAGUAAAUCAUUGGAAUGAAAUGGAAAUCAACAAAUCAUCAGUUGCUUGCCUUACGCACUUUAUUUGAACGUUCUCGGAGGCAAUGAAUGGUGGCGGUUUGUUAAACUAUUGGCCGAAAAGGAGCGUUCAAUAACAAACAAUCGUUCGCAAACAUAAUGGAAGAACUAUCGGCGCACGAGAACGGCAACAUUCCAUAUACAAAAUAAUCCCUCAGUCGCACCGUUUAUCGAAGCUUCACUAAUGACAGUAACAAGGCGCGAAGCAACUAGACAGACGCCGCACCGCGCGCCAACGCUACUUUAUCCGGAAAAGUGUACUAGCGUUACGGGCUACCAGUUGUGCUGCUGUUCGGGAACGUAACAUGUACGUUAUUAAUCCGGCUUCAGCGCCGCAGGAUCUUCCAAAUACCUUCAAAAAGGGGCCCCCGUCUGCAGGUAGUGCAGGUACCGUUACUGAGUCGAUUCUGGUUCCAAGGACAAACAACGAAAUCUUAACGCAACUAUUGACAAAAUGCACCGUCGAAAUGUCGAAGGAGGCGGCCAAUUUUAGUAGCCCGCGCGACAAAACGCCUCCUCCUUCCGCCGCCAUUGCGCUGACAUCGCCGAUCCCCGCAACCGUUGCCACACCACCGUCACAAGCAUCUCCAGCGACUUCGCCCCGCGGUACGCGACAUUCGGAAGAGGCCGGUCCUCCUCCUCCGACCACGAGGCAUCAUGCCGAGGAUGAUCCUCAGGUUGAAGUGAAUGGCCGCGUUGACCCAUUUUGCUCCUCCGCCUCGGGGACACUUUCGCCCCCACGCAUGUCGGAUGUGUCGGCGAAAGUGUCCCUUAGUGAUAAGCAUAGGACCACGUGUUCCGCCGAAUCGAAAUCCUCUUCGCUGUCGUCCAAUCAACCGUCGAAAGUGGAGGGCAGUGCAGUGGCAGUAAACACCACAUCUUCCAGCUCAUCGUUGUCUGGCCAGCCAUUGGAUUCCGUUGAUUCGCAUUGUGAAGCACCUACGACAAACGCUACGACACUAUCUCCAGCCACCUUUUCCAGUGUUGUUCAUCCGAAAGAACGGGCUCUACGUUCGAUAGCUGUGGCAGCGGCCAACGGUGGAAGCCCUACCGUGGAGAAAGGAAUCGGAACAGCGGUGAAGGUUGCCAACGGUAAAUCUUCAGGCAGCAGCGGAUCGCCUGCAGGAGGAGCAAUCCUAAGAGGAGCAGCGAAUAGUAAUUGCGUCGGGGGCGCCGGAACUUCUGGUGUGACGACAACAGCUGGAUGCGGCUCGGUGCACGGUGGAAGGUUGCAAUUUUUCAAGGAUGGCAAGUUCAUCCUGGAAUUGGCGCGAGCGAGGGAAGGUGAAAAAACUAGCUGGAUAUCGGUACCAAGGAAAACUUUCUGGCCACCGACCGUGUCCUCCACCAGUGCCAACUUUCACAAGCACGAAAGUUCCACCUCACUGAGUUUUUCUGACGAUAACAGCUCCGUCCAGUCCUCGCCAUGGCAACGGGAUCACUGUUGGAAGCAAGCGAACCCACGGGCAAACAUCUCAAAGGAACUAUCAUUGUACUACUUCCGACCGGCGAAUGUACGCUUUCGGUUGAAAAAUGGUACACGGGCACGGUUGCGUGUGAAACGACGCCGACCGUACGAGACCAGCUUCCCGCAGGAAGUGAAACAGAACGAGGCCGGGUUGCCGAUCUUACCGUUCGAGCUCACGACGCGACGGCAAUGCAUUGUGAAUGGCGGACUCGUACAAGAUGCUGUUGAUGCUGCUACUGCCGCUGCAGUUGAGCCACGGAACCGGACGGAAGUGUCUGCUGCGUCGGCAAAUGGUGUCGAUGGGAGUAACGAGGAUGCCAAGAAGAGCGAACAGGCAAUGGAUUUAAAAUUGAAUGGAGAAACAGCAGAUGAUGAUCCGAUGGAUACGACGGAGGACCGUAGAUCACCAGUGGCAACAAGCGGGAACGAUGAUGAAGGGCAACAGAACAAGCCGAAGCCGAAUAAAUCGGAGGAGCACGGUUUGGGUAAAACCAACGGUGUCCAUCACCAUCCAGUAACGAACGGUUUCGGCAUCCAUCCUAGCACCUCCCAUCCGACAUCGAUGCGAGGACGUCUAAAGCGAAGAGGCGGUAAUGAUUUAAAGACGAUCUUGCACACACUUACCGAACAGCAACAUAGAAUAGCUGCUGCUAUGAACGCCUCGAACAGUGAGACACGUGUUGCUGGUGGUCCCUUUCGAUUAGGAUCUGUGCUCAGUGUGGGCAGCAGCAGUCUUCGGAAUGUAUUAGGGAGUGCUUCUUCGUCAUCACACCCACAGCAUGUAUCCCCUCGCAAGCGGAUUUUGCGUGAGCUGGAGAAAGUAUCCAUCGAUGAUGGCAGUACGAUGAAGCGGUCGCGUCCAAAAUCGUCCGCUACCAGUGGCAACGGAUCGUCAUCUUCGUCCUCCUCUUCAUCUGCAGUUACUGCAACAGUGGCUCCGGUUAUUGUAACAGCAACCACUGCUACACUGGCAGCUAAUGGGAGUGUAAGCAUGGGUAGUGGAGCCGGAUCUGGGCACCAUCGAACGAAUGGUUACAGCCAUGAUUCCCACGUCAGUAGCAACGGUACCGGCGGUAGCAUAGUCAACGGAACCGCUGGGAAGCAUUUAACGAAUGGAAAUACGACAUCGGCCGCUACAGUCCCAACUCCGCCGCCCGUUUCCCGCCCAUUCAGCAGCUACAGCAUAACGUCCCUGCUCGGCCACAGCGACAGCACAAAUUCUUCCAGUGAGGCGACCUCUCAUCGGAAACCAUCCGAUUACGGUUCUGCCAGCUCGUCGAUAUCAUUAUCCGCUGCAUCUACGGUUGCAUCGGUAACAUCAACAGCUAGUCAUUACCACCAUGCUCAUCAGCACUACCCUCCUCUUCACCAUCAUCCGCAUCAUCAUCAGGUGACCGGUUCGUCGUCUUCGUCGACGUCCUCGUCGCAUGCAACACCCUCAACGGAACAUGCGAUAGGAUCUCCGCAAGUGCAUCACUAUAGUCGGCAGCAGCAUCAGAACUCGUCUCGCAGCCAAGGCGGCAGGAAACGAUCAUCUCCGAGUUAUGGUGGUGGUGGUGGUGGCAACUCCACAUCUCCCGCUGGUUCGGCGGAAAGUACCGGAGGAAUGGAUUAUGGAACGAUGAUUCGUUCUCCCGAUCUUAGUCCCAGUCCUGAGCUACAUCAUUCCGGAAUUUCGCAAAAUCAUCCACAACAUCCACACCAUCUUCACCAUACUCCCAUAUCGGGAGCCGCCGCCGCUGCCAUCGGCCCUAGUGGUGGCUUCACGCGUUAUCGACAGCAUCCGUACGGAGGCAGCCCGAACAGCUACUCGUCCGCUCCAUCUCGUUUCUCUCCGUCACCGACCAUAACGAACGAUUCGACGACACCACCUUAUCCGGGCUCGUCCUCGCGUAGCUCGUACCGUGCCGCAUUUCUAGCGGCCAGUAGCAGCUCUCCACCGAGUAAUGUCUCUCCGCAGCACUACUCGCGAACUUCUCCAUUAAACUUUGGUCGUACCGGAUCCUCUUCGCCACCCCCAGCUCGUCGGAACGAUCAACAUUCAACCUUGUCACCACGUGCCUCACCGGGUGACAGUUGCAAUGGCAGUAACGGCGCUGCCAGCAGCGCUUCCACACCUACCAUGGCAAUGGCAUCCCUCACAACAAACUCUUCACCAACGCAGAUGAUACGUACGGUGCCAAAAAAGUCGGCUGCCCUGCGGCAUCCGUUCACUGUCGGUGGUAGCCACUCACCAUCAUCUUCUCCUUCAUCGCACCCCCGUGACCAACGCUCCAACUCGAGCGCUUCCAGUUCUUCUUCGAAGAAAGAACAGCUUCAUCAUGACGAUAGCCGGGGAGGUGGAGUAACAGGUGCUGCGCCAAUGACGACGACGACGGCAACGGAUGCAAUCGACGUAGGAUCGACUUCCUCUUCCUCUUCCUCUACUACCUCUGCUCGACGCCAGAGUAGUCCGAGCGGUGGAGUUGCGAUUAGAGGAAAUAACGGGGGUCCAACGAUGCUUGCCUCGCCGACACCUCAUCAUCCUGUUGCUCCGAGUUCUUUCUACUCGCUCUACCCGUCCCACCAAUUUGCUGCCUCGUUGCUUAGUGCUCAGCAAACAGCAAACCUCGGUGGCCCGGCUGCAGCGGCAGCAGCAGCGGCUGCCGCGGCCGCCGCUUCUGUACCAUUCCUGCCCGCAUCCGCAGCGGCCUACUAUCAGCACGCCUAUGCCGCCACCGUUGCUGCCGCUUAUCGUAAUCCACUGUGGAUGCACUAUCCUGGAUUGGCGGCCGUCGCACCUCAAGGACCUCCACUAUCAGUACCAUCUCAUCCUCAUCAACCGCCUCCGCCACCACCUCCACCGCCACCACCAACACAACCAACAGCGUACCACGAUACUAGUAAAGAGCAACAACGGCUGCUCCAUUCCACUUACCCAGUAUCGGCAGCCCUUAAUUACAGUGUUACCGCUUUAACAUCCUCCUCGAACACCGUUACGCGCGCUAGCGCUCCGCUGAUCGUCAAUGGCGGUGGUAGUAGUACCGUGCCUGGUUCGGGCUGGCCCGAACGGGUAUCGACUGAGGGUGGCGAUGGUACCGCUUAUCAUUCUCAUCCACAUCACCAUCACCCACUUCCUCUUGAUCAUUCCAUGGCUGUCACUACAAGUGCUGCCGGUACUAUGUCGUCUGCUACCAGUGGCCCCUUUAAGGAAGAACCCGCCAACGGUGAGUGCGUGCAAGUGGGAUACCGGCCAUAUGUACCUCUAAAUUUGUCUAAACACUAAGAGCAUUAAGAUGAUAUGAAGACAAACAACGGAUUGCGUAUCAAACAAGAAAUGCAUCUCCUGUGGAUUUGAUCAACUGCAUCCGAGGCAUCAAAUGUGAAGCACAUAAUGAACAACGAGUGAGUGUAGAGAGUAUAAUUUAAAAAAACAAAAACAAACAACAGGUGCGUGAAGAGAGGCAGUGGAAGAUAAGCGCAUUAAUGGUUACGUGAUACAGUGUGCUACGUGAUCAAAUUUAGCCGCAAUGGUGGUUGCUUGGGAUAGGAUUAAAUAGUUUGACGGAACAGGGAACAUGUGUCUGACGAUGAACUGUGGAGGGAACACAGAAGUGAAACUAUUUUUGCUAAGUAACAUUUGCUGGCGAAAUGAUGGAUGUUUGACGCAUGUGUCUGUGUGUGUGUGCGUGUGCGUGUGUUUUACACUGGAACUAAAAGAAGAAUGACCUAUGUGGAGAGGAAACCUGUUGUAUUAUAUAUUCCUAUACAUGCUAUACCGGCAGACUAUUUUUGCUACUUUAACCGAUAUCUCGGUCCGAUCCGAUUGGUAUCAAACAGGGCAGAUGUGGACAUGAACUACUCAUACUAAAGCCAAGCCAUUGAAUAUAAAAGAAAGUCCAUCAUCAGUAAACAGAGAGUGUUCCAGAGAGAUCCAUCCGGGAUAUGUCCCCAACGGCGCCUUUCCAUAUCCAUCCCAGUUUCAUUCUCCCAUCCACAACCUCACGGUUUCGGAGGUCGGCUUCGUCAUUCGGAUCGAAUCGGUCCAAAGGCUUCGUUGUGCAUUCGAAGCUUUGAAAUCGAUAAUGUGGAAUGGGUGGUCCAAGUUUACACUACCAACUUUUGGAUAAAACAAUUGCACGCUGAGCGCGAUCUCCCGCCCCUAAUCGCUUUGACUAGAUGUCAUCAGAUGCACCAAUAAUGUGCGUGCGUUUGUGUGUGUUUGCAUGUGUGCGUCGUAUGUUUGUAAUUGUGUGCAUACCCGAUGUUACGGCAACACGUUUUUCGUGUUUUGUGAUUCAUGUAGUGUUUCGGCCACGUGAAAAUUGUAGCACGUGUUCUUAGCACGCUGAUUAUUAUGCACAGAAGCGUCGCAAGGGAGCAAACAAUUUACAAGAAAUGAACAUAAUAUUCCAACAAUAUAUCAGACUGAAAAAAGGAAAGAUGAUUGUAGAUUGUACUGUAUAAAGUUAAGAUAAAGGGAAUCUCAUAUAACGGAACAACACGAAACCCCGAUUUGUGUUCCACGGAAUGAAAACAAAGGAAAAUGCAAAACGAGAGCGGAUCAUCGAGCAGCUGCGCAUAGAGCCGCUCGAUUGACAGACUGAAACACAUUACUCGUAGAUUUUACGAUGGAUCGAACAAGUCACGUUAUUUACACCGAGUAGAGGUAACAUACUGGCGUUACCUCCUUAUAUGAAACCUAUCUAGGAGCUAAGAAAAUCCGUAUUAAAAAAAAACGGGCAGGGCAAUCCAAAUUCGUUUUAUCGCGGGAAGCUCAGUUUGAGCACCGAAGAGAAUUGCUUGAUGACAAAGAUAGAGAAAAUAUUUUUCGCUAUUUUUAUACACCUUGAGGAACGAGAAACACGCUGCUGGAGAAAUCUAUCAAAAAUUAAUGCAAGCAGAGAGUAGGAAUAUAAUUUUAAAGGCGUCCAAAUCUCCAUAGAUGUGCUACUAGAAAUAUGUUUUUUCAAACAGAGGGUGAAUAUAUACAGAAAAUUGCGCUUCAGGGCGUCGUUGUGCAGAAGGGGUGUAUCAAAAUUUUAAACAAAUUUUUUCACGCGAAAAUUACUGAAACGAAUGAAAAACCUGGAACCACAAAAGUAACAAA